AUUUAAGCAAGCAUGUUAUUGAGUUUGAAAAAAACAGUUCUGUAUGAUUAUCAGUGUUUAAUCAAUUUAAUCUUGGGUUAUGGCUGAAAGAAAGUUUACUAGAAGCCUUAAUAAACCUGGAUCCGCGGCUCAAGUUCGCGAAACUGUCUCACAAGCGGUGCGGGAAAGCACUGUAAUUGCUAAACCGCAAUUGAUAGAACCUGUAGAUUUUGAAGCUUUCUAUCAAAAGAAUAAAACAAUAUUGCAAAAUGAUCCUUUGCGAGAAAUGCUGCUGUUUCCUCAAGAUGACGUAUCAGAGGAAGUCAUUGAAAGGACUUAUAGAACUAUUGUUCCCGCUGUGCUUGAUUUGACAGAAAAUGAAGUGUCAUCUUUAUUUACUAGACAGUGUAUAAAGACGUACACAAAAGACUGGCAUGUUGUCAAUUACAAAUAUAAAGCUUAUUCUGGUUCUUACCUGCAGUUACCCAAAUUACCUAGACAAAGUGAACUUGAAGACCAAAUUUAUGAAGUGGAUACUGAAGCGGAUUUUGUUAAAGAUUCAGUAAGAAGUGAAAGUGGUAUUAUUAAAGAAGGCUAUCUCUUGAAAGGCCCUGAGGCAGGAACUGACAGUUUUAUCAGUUUGGCAACUAAGUCAUUCAAACGAAGAUAUGUCUGUCUUCGUCAAGAAAUUGAUGGAACACAUAUUUUGGAAUUUCAUAAAGAUGAUCGCAAGUCUGACUCAAAGGGUGCAAUAUGUAUGGACUUCUGCAAUAAAGUCGUUAGGAGUUCAAAAAGAAGUAAAUUGGGUUUUGAGCUUCAAAUGGCUGAUGGUCACAAAUCUUGUAUUUUUGCUGCAGAAAAUGAUAAAGAGCUUGAAACUUGGUUAAAUAACCUAGGCACAGUUAUUUCCAAUGCCAAAAACUCCUCUGAUAAUAACAGAAAAACCAUUAAUUCACCUGAAGAUUUUAUGUUAAGUCCUCCCUCUGUUUCUCCAUUUGCAUAUGGUACAUUAAAAGGCCUUGAGCACAGCAAAAAUCCCGAACUUGCUAAGUAUGCUAGAGAAACCGACUACUCAAUUGCUUUGGCUCGUAAAGAAAAUAGACAAAAUCUUUUUGCUAUAUAUCCAGAUAUGCCACGCCAUGUUAAAAAAAAUGGCGCACAAGUUGGCAAUCUCCAUGAAAAGGAAGUUAAACCAUUUAAAGAAGAAUUUGGUACAAGAUUAUUUGUGAAAUGUGAAGAAAUUAGUUUUAAACUUCAAGCACCAUUAGAAACAGAAAAGGGCCCUUUGUGCCAGGUGGAGCCAUACAUUACUACACUAUCAAUAUAUGAUGCCAAGAGAAACAAAAAAGUUAGUGAAGAUUUCAGGUUUGAUAUUAAUCAUCCAUAUAUUCGUAACAUGCUUCCGAAAAAGGGGAGGAAGUGUAGCAUGCCCCAAAAUCAAGCAAAUAUCAUUUCCAACUGCAAUGGGGAUGCUCCAAACUUAACGUUACCAAACCCAUACCUGAAGGAUAUAGGAGAGGAGUGGCUGGCAUAUCCAAAACAGGCUAUCUUCACUGUUCAACAUCCUGAAUCUGAAUUAUAUUUUGUAUUAAAAAUUGAAAAAGUUCUUCAAGGUGGAAUCUCCCAAGCAGCUGAUCCUUACCUCCGAGCCCAGUCUAGUUCUAAUCAAAGUCGUUUAGGAGCUAAAGUUCAAAAACUAUCCAGAUUGUGUUGCCAACGUCUGGGGCAUUAUAGAAUGCCCUUUGCUUGGGCUGCUAGGCCAAUAUUUAAGUCUUUAUCAGGCGAACUGGACACAAGUUCAGAGUUUGGGCCAAUGUAUAAGCAAGAUGGAACAAAACUAUCGGAUGAAGAUUUGUUACGUUUUCUGGCAGAAUUCAAAAAGCCUGAAAAACUAAAGCAUCUGACCAUAAUCCCAGGCCAUAUUAAAAUAAAUGUGCAGCUAUUAAAAGAUCUUCCUGCAAAUUCACUUACAUCGUCAUUAAUACCGCUAGUGCCAUUUCCAAUACCACCUAAAUGUGAACCAACGUUGGAAAUAGAACAAUUUCCUACUGGUAUCGCAAGCAACUGUAGUCCAUAUACAACUUAUAUCAAUCAUCUUUAUGUAUUUCCUAAAAGCUUGAAGUAUGAAAACCAAAAAACAUUUACCAAAGCUAGAAAUAUUGUCUGUACUGUAGAAUUCAGAGAUGAUGAUGGUGAAAAUGCUGUACCUUUAAAAGUGAUAUAUGGCUGUCCUGGAGAACCAAUCUAUUGUUCUGAAGCCAGUACUUCCAUUACUCAUCAUAACAUUAGUCCAGAUUUUUAUAAAGAAGUCAAAAUUUUACUGCCAACACAACUUCAUGAAAGGCAUCACCUUCUUUUUACAUUCCAUCACAUAAGUUGUGAACAGCCAAAAAAUUCUAAGAGACGAGAUGGGUCUGUGGCUAACAUUAUUGGAUAUUCUUGGCUUCCAUUACUGAAUAAAGGAAGACUAUCCAUUGAUGAUCAAAAUCUCCCAAUUUCGAUUGCUUUGCCUCCAGGAUAUUUGUCUUGUCAACCUCUUGGCCUUGGGAAAGGGUUUAGUGGGCCUGAGAUACGAUGGGUAGAUGGUGCAAAAGAACUUUUCAAAGUGGGCUUCAUUCUUGUGUCAACUGUUAACUCUAAGGAUCAACAUCUACAUAAUUUCUUUUCACAAUGUCAGCGCUUACGUGAAUCAAAAAUUCCAGAUAUUGAAACAGAUAGUGUCAUUAAAUUGUGGGGUUUUGGGUGGUGGGAUUUAUCUUCCUGUCCUGUAUUACCAUCUCUGUGUCAACGCCCUCGACCUCAAAGUAUGCCAUUGUCUCUUCCUAUAACCCCACCUGAAGAGCCUAAUUCAACUACUGGUUGUGAAACAGGUAGAGAACUUUCUAAAUAUGUCAAAGUGCAACAUGGAAUGGCCAAGACACUGAAGACUCUCCAUGCUGUUGACAUGAGUACGAUUAUCUACUUCUUACCUACACUUCUGAAUGAGCUAUUUCAUCUGAUAGUAGUUACAACAAAUGAAGAUGUAGCAUUGAAUGCAGUUAGAGUUGUGGUUCAUGUUGUGCAUGGUGUUCAUGAAGCGGGAAAGAGUGAUAUUUUGCAUUCUUAUGUUCAAUAUGUUUUCCAAACUCAAGAAUUAACGGUAAAGAAGAGAUAUGUUCACGAAGAGCUUGUCAAAUCUUUGAACGUUAUGCUUAAACCAGCCAACACUGAUUUUUUACUUAUUAAUAAAUUUUUAAGGCAUUCCUGGUUUUUCUUUCAAAUCAUCAGCAAAUCCACAGCUCAACACUUAUUGUCAUCUGAAAGAAUUAAGAUGCUUCGUCAAGAAAGAUUUCCUGCAGAUUACCAGUUGUGUGUUCGAAGCCUGGUUGAAGGACUUGCACCUCAUAUUCUUCAAAAACACAAAGAAUUGCCUAUUGAAACUCGACAAGCAAACCUGAGUCUUGCUCACUUCCUUAAAAAAUCAUUAUCAUUGAUGGAUCGUGGAUUUGUUUUCAAACUCAUUAAAAGUUACUUGGAAAAAUUUACACCAAAUGAUGUUAAGGUCCUUCAUGAGUAUAAAUUUGAGUUCUUGGAAAUAAUAUGCUUUCAUGAACAUUAUGUAGCACUUAAUCUACCUAUUAUGAGAGCAUGAUUGAGUUCCAGAGAAAAUUCAAAAACGAGUGAUGAACCUCCUGAUUUUGAGCAUGAAUAUAGAUUGUCUGAAGAGUUUUGCCGCCAUCACUUUCUUCUCGGAACACUGUUACAAGAGCUUAGAGCUUCUCUUUCUGAAGUUCAUGAAAUAAGGCAAACUGCAGUGUGUGUUUUUCGGAAUCUUCUUGCAAAACAUGCAUUUGAUGAUCGUUAUCAGGGAAAGGCUCAUCAAGCUCGGAUAGCUUCUUUGUAUCUACCAUUUAUUUCUAUUUUGCUGGAGAAUUAUAGUACUUUACGCUUGACACCACCUGCCACUCCACCUGCAGUUGUGAAGGAAAAAUCAAGCACAUCAAAAAUUGCUGAAAACUUCUCCAAUCCUGUCACACCAGUGUUAAGUCGACGUAGUGUGAUGGAGCCCACAGGUUCUUUGCCAGCAUCUGCCAGAAACAGAGAUUCAAAUUUUCUUUCCAUAAUUGCAGGUCAAUCACAACCAACAGUCACAUUUGCUAAUGGUUCAUGCAAUUCUAUAGACAGCAAUGUAUCCAAUCCAUCAACUUUGUCUGAAAGAAGCAAAGAAAAUGAAAUUCCCUACAGGGAAAAAGAUGGAACUGAUAGUUUAGAUGAUUAUAAAUGCCAUGCAAGAUCGCAUUCUCUUCCUUUUUCCAGCUCUUCCAGCAUGUUGCAUUUUGAUAAACUAGACUCUGCUGAGUUAAAAGAUUUAUUAGUAUGCUUUUUAUAUAUAGUGAAGCAUGUGAAUGAAGAGCUUCUCAUUGGGUGGUGGCAACACUGCAGCGAAUAUGACAUAUUGGAUUUCUUCUACAUACUAGAACUCUGUCUCCAUCAGUUUAAAUAUAUGGGAAAGAGAAACAUUAAAAGUCAACAUCCUGCAAUGUUUCAACCGAAAUCAAUGACUUUACCUGCAAGAACUCCUCCACCUGCAUUUACUCAACGUUGCAACAGCACAUACAGUGAGACUGGAACUCAUACUGUUUCUCCAUUGUCAUCAUCUGAAGCAGACACAUUUUAUAGAGCUCUGCUUGAGGCAAACAUGGCAACAGAAGUUGGACUCAUAGCUCUAGAUGUAUUGGGUUUAUAUUCUCUGCAUUUGAAAGAGCAACUAUUAUAUCGAGAUGGAGAUAAUUUUAUUAUGAAAAAAAUAUUUGAUAUAUAUUUAUCCUUCUUACAAGUUGGACAGUCUGAGAAAAUGUUUAAGCACCUAUUUGCUGCUUUAAGAGCUUUUAUUAACAAGUUCCCUAUUGCCUUAUUCCAAGGAAAUGCUCUUUUAUGUGGGAAAUUGUGUUUUGAGUUAUUAAGGUGCUGUAAUUCAAAGCUACAAACUGUUAGAAAUGAAGCCUGUGCUCUCUUAUAUUUAUUAAUGAGAAGUAAUUUUGAAUUUUCUAGUAGAAAGGAAUUGACUCGAGUUCAUUUGCAGCUAAUAGUUUCUGUUUCACAAUUAUUGGGAGAUGUUGUGAGUUUAAAUAAUGCAAGAUUGCAAGAAAGCCUUUCUGUGAUUAAUAACUAUGCCAACAGUGACAAAGCCAUGCAAAAUACAAUUUUUCCUUCUGAAGUAAAAGACUUAACAAAACGCAUUAGAACUGUUUUAAUGGCCACGAUGCAAAUGAAGGAACAUGAAAAUGAUCCAGAAAUGUUAGUUGAUUUGCAGCAUCAACUUGCAAAUAGUUAUGCAUCCACUCCAGCUUUGAGAAAAACGUGGCUGGAAAGUAUGGCGAAAAAUCAUUCUAAAAAUGGUGAUCAUUCUGAGGCGGCUCAUUGCUAUAUUCACAUAGCAGCAAUGGAAGCUGAGUAUCUAAAACAAAAAUGUAUGUUUCCUAAUGGUUGCAAUGCAUUUAAAACGAUUUCUCCCAAUGUUGAACAAGAUGAAUCAAACUUAAAAGAAGAUUCAGGAACACAUGACAUUCAAUAUUCUCAGGAAACAUUAUUAAAAAGUUUGGAGAAAUGUGUCAAAAUGUUGGAACUAGCAGAAAGGUACGAAGUAAUGUCUGAAGUAUACAAACUGAUCGUUCCUAUAUAUGAAGAACAAAGAAAUUAUGAAGCUCUUCUUCAGUGCUACAAAACCUUGCAUAAUGCAUAUUCUAAAGUAGUUGAUGUAAAUAGAACUGGUCGUAGAUUAUUAGGAAAAUAUUAUAGAGUUGCAUUUUUUGGUCAAGCAUAUUUUGUUGAAGAAGCUGGAAAAGAAUAUAUUUAUAAAGAACCUAAAGUGACAUCUCUUGCCGAAAUAUCAGAGCGUUUAUACCACCUGUUUUGUGAUAAAUUUGGGAAAGAUGCUGUUCGAAUGAUCAUGGAUUCUAAUCAAGUUAACCCUAAAGAUUUAGAAACAAAAUAUGCUUAUAUUCAAGUUACUCAUGUAGUGCCUUAUUUUGAGGAAGAUGAGCUACACUUGAGACCGACUGAAUUUGAACGUAGCAAUAAUUUACGAAGAUUUAUGUUUGAAACUCCAUUCACUAUUGAUAGUAAUAAAGUAAGAGGUUUACCAGAAGAACAGUGCAAAAGAAGAACAAUAUUAACAACUUUGUAUUCUUUUCCAUAUGUUAAGAAAAGAAUACCUGUUUUCUCCAAGUCUGUUCAAAUAUUGAGUCCAAUUGAGGUUGCUAUUGAUGAAAUGCAAUCACGUAUAUGUGAGCUAGAAGAAGUAGUGAGAUUGCAGCCAACAGAUUUAAAAAAGCUACAGCUAAAAUUACAAGGAAGUAUAAGUGUACAGGUUAAUGCUGGCCCCUUAGCAUACGCAAGUGCUUUUCUAGACGGGAAAAAGCAAGAUAAAUAUCCGACUGAAAAGAUAAUGUCAUUAAAAGAAGUUUACAGGAAGUUCAUAAAAAUUUGCCAAGAAGCGCUUGAGCUGAAUGGUAGGAUCAUAACAUCUGAUCAAUAUGAGUAUCACACAUCCUUGAAGAAAAAUUUCCAGGAAUUUGUUGAUUCUUUGUCUGGUAUGCUUCAUGAAAAGUUAUACUAUGAAGAAAAAGAUAUUCUGUCACUGAAACGGACAUCCCUUGACGUUUUUAACUACAUCAGUGGCUCGCCUAGUUCCAGCACUGCUUAAAAGCCAGUUAAGUGUAGUUUUUAAAAUACUCGAUUUUAUUCUUCAAUGAUUGCCAAAACAAGUGCCUUUUUUGCAUAAGGCAUUAAUUUUUGCAUAAAGCAGUAACUUUUACUAGUACUAUUUUAACUUUUCUUUUUCAUGCCACAAUAAAAGAAGUGGCAUGUCAUUUGUAUAGACUGAAUUUAAUUUGUUUGUUUUAAAAUAUAUUUUAUUACGGGUAAUAUAACCUGCAACUGAAGAAUGUAGUUGCAUUUAGAGUAAUUUUAUAUGUGUAUAGAAUAAUGCAUAGUGUGUAAUAUAUUUUAUGCAAUGUAAAGGUGCUAUUCAACUCUUUUAAUCAAAACCUGGCAUUUAUUGCAAUUUUUUUUUUUAAGACUGAAUUAUAAACAUUCUAAAGCAUGUCCCCACACCAGAUUUUCUAACUUCAGAGAGGUAGAGGAUAUGUAAUAACAUAGGUAAGCUAGAGUAUAGAAAUGCAUGGGUAUGCAAUAGUGUAGAAGAAAUCACAGAAUAUGCAGUUUUUCAAAGUAUUAACAUCAAUAAAAUCAACAUAAGGAUUAGAAAUAAGGCUAAACCUUAUAAUAAACCAGUGUUCCAAUUGUCUUCCAUAAUAUUUUGAUACAGGCCUUUGCCGUGUGGAUUGCCAGACAUUCUUGAAGAUCCCAUGCAUGCAUCUGAACGCGUGCAAACAGGUCCCCAAUGCUGUCUAUGAGACAGCCAUACAUGACUGAUUUUAAAAAAAAACCUAAGAAGUCUGUCUAUGAGACAGCCAUACAUGACUGAUUUUUAAAAAAAACCUAAGAAGUAGUCAAUAGAGUGAGCAGGAGAUUUUUUCAGUUGCAAUACCAUCCACCCAUAAUACUACUAUUUUGGAUUAUGCAAUUCCAAUCUGUCAACUUGGUUGUCCCAAAAAUAAAAGUGGAUUUUUUAAUUUGCACACCCUCUUAUUUUUCUUCUUUUAUGUCAAAACAAUUGUGAAAAAAGUUUCAUAUAAUUUGAAUAACAGUGACCCGUGCCAACUUGGGUCUGAAAAGGUGAAUCAGCACUUGCGUAUUAGGUCAAAUUGAAAAAAAAAAUUUUUUUUACAAGCUCGAAAUUUCAUGUUGAUAAAUCGUUGCCUCUAUAGCUCCUCAGAUGUGCCGCAAAAAUAUUUAAAAAUCCCCCAUUAGACCUUAAAUUAAUAAUUUUCUUUUAAAAAAAUUGAUUUGUUUCUUUAUAUUUUUAAAAAAUAGUAAGGUAAGUUUUAAGAAAUUUUCAAGCUGAAAAGUAUAAACAGUUAAGUAGGUAAUUGGUGUCAUAGAAGUUUUUGCUCUCAUGCAAUUUGAGUCUUCCACAUAGUACACAAAAAUAUGGAUUUUUUCAACUAAAAAAAAUUUUUGUUUAUUAUUCAUUUGCAAAUGUUGAUUUGAAAAUGAGUACGCUAAUAUAUUUAACUUGAUAUUUUCUUUAAAUUUGUGUAUUUUUUUAAAAAUCAAUUUUUUUGAAGAAAAUUAUAAAUUUUGGCCUCCAGGUGGAUGCCUUAAUAUUUUUUAAUUGGAUAAAUGCUUUUGUGGUACAUGUGAGGCUAUGGGUGCAACGUUUUAUGAACAUAAAAUUUCCAAUUUCCAAAACAAAAUUUAAAAAAAUUAAUGUGGCCUAGCACACCAAGUGCUUUUUUACACAGACGCAAGUCGGCAGAAGUUGUAGUUUUUCCAAUUAUGUAUAUGAAACUUCUGUUACAAUUGUUUUGACAUAGAAGGAAAAAUAUAAGAGGCAGUGCAACUUGAAAAAUACUUUUUUUGGGGGGGGGGGGCCUCGCCCUACUGUCUACCUUUUCCCCACAAGUUUAAGAACCUGGUGUUGGGACACCCUAUAGAUGAAAUAGUGAUCAUAGUGCCGGUGUCUGUAUUUCUUUCUGUUAUAAUUUGCAAUCUUUUCUUUUUUGUUGUUGUUUUGUAAAGCUUGUGAUAUUUUAUUUCUGUACUUUUGUAUAAAAACAAUUGCCAUGCUUAUGUUCGCAUUUCAUUGUCAAUAGUGUCCUGUAUAAAAUAAAUAUUUUCUAUUUAUAUACAUGUAAAUAAAUAUCCUAAUGUAAAUAAAUAAAAUUUG